GCCUGCUGUUUCUGAGCGAGAGAGAGAGGGAAUGGUCGCGGCUCGGCUCCGAGGGCCGUUCCUGGGCCAGAAGCCCCGCCUGGCCUGGCUCUGGGCGGGAAACAGGCCCGGCGCGGCGGGGAGAGAGGUAUACAGGCAACAGAAUCUGCAAAACUCUUGCCGCCUGCAAUCAAAAAUGCCUCCUUGUGGCUUUUUACCUGAAAAAUAUGAGUCCUAUCCCUAUGAGCAGAUGCUGAAGAUCCGGAAACAGAAUGUGUCCCCCUCCUUGGUCACUUACUACAAGAAACCACUGCUUAUCCAUCAGGGGCAUAUGCAGUGGGUGUUCGACUUGGAAGGACGUCGGUACCUUGAUCUCUUUGCUGGAAUUGCCACUGUUAGUGUUGGUCACUGCCACCCAAAGGUAACAGCAGCUGCCCAGAAACAACUUGGUCGCUUGUGGCACACAAGCAGCCUCUAUGCGCACGCAGCAAUACAGGAAUAUGGAGAGAAACUGGCCUCAUUGCUUCCAGCUCCCCUAAAGGUGAUUUUCCUAACCAACAGCGGUUCGGAAGCCAACGACCUUGCCAUGUUAAUGGCAAGGGUUUUUACACGCAACUUUGACAUCAUUGGAUUGAGAGGAGGCUACCACGGGAGCAGUGCUUACACAAUUGGCCUGUCGUCUAUUGGAACUUACAAACAUGGACUUGCCAGUGGGCUUGGCUGCCAAAAGACAAUGCUGCCUGAUGUUUUUCGCGGUCCCUGGGGGGGAAGCCAUUGUCGAGAUUCUCCAGUGCAAACCAUUCGAAAAUGCACCUGUUCUGCAGGCUCUUGCCAUGCAAAAGACCAGUAUAUUGAGCAGCUCAAAGACACUCUCACGACUUGUGUUCCAAAGGCCAUAGCUGGAUUUAUUGCUGAGCCAAUUCAGGGUGUCAACGGAACAGUUCAGUACCCCAAGGGAUUCCUGAAAGAGGCUUUUCAGCUGGUGCGCGAAAAAGGUGGUGUGUGCAUCUCGGAUGAAGUUCAGACGGGGUUUGGUCGAACAGGCAGCCAUUUCUGGGGAUUUGAAGGACACGGUGUUGUUCCUGACAUUGUCACCAUGGCAAAGGGAAUUGGCAACGGGUUUCCAAUGGCAGCCGUUGUCAGUACAGCAGAGAUUGCAGAAGCCUUUGCUCAAACCCUACAUUUCAACACAUUUGGAGGAAACCCUGUGGCUUGUGCAGUUGGGUCUGCAGUUCUGGAUGCAAUAGCAGAAGACGGCUUGCAGAAAAACAGCAAGGAGGUGGGGACUCACCUCCUGUUACAGCUGGCUAAGCUGCGCAAUGAGUUUGAAAUAGUCGGAGACGUCCGUGGCAAAGGACUUAUGAUUGGGAUAGAGAUGGUCAAGAAUAAGGAGACUCGUCAGCCGCUUCCAGUUGAAGAGAUGAACCAGAUCAUGGAAGAUUGCAAAGAUAUGGGAGUGCUGAUUGGUCGGGGAGGAAUGUUUUUCCAGACGUUUAGAAUCAAACCUCCACUGUGCAUCACUAAGGAAGACGCAGACUUUGCCCUGGGAGUUUUCCAUGCUGCUUUAACAAAACACAGGGAGAGAACAGCAAAGGCACAAUAAGAACCCCCUUCGCUGCACCAGCUGUCGGGCCGAAGAACAAACAUCCCUGAGAUUGAACCGCCACAGCUGGCAAAUUGCAACCGGUUGACGCAUUUAUUGUAGCAGCCCGUUUGCUGCACCAACUUGUGGCAUCUGAAGACUUGGUAGUUGCAGCAAACCUGCUGAGCAACGAGAUUUAUGGUUUGUAUAAAUUGUCAAU